AUGGCAGAAGGUAACUAUAUAAUAGGAGUAAUGAUUAGUAAGAAGAAAAAAAUAGUAUUUAUAGUAGAGCAAAGAUUGAGAAAUGCAGCUUGGCCUUUCAGAUUAAAUGCAGAUUUUCUAGCAGCUUGGCCUUACAGUUCAAAUGCAGUUGGUAGCAGUUUGGUCUUAUAG